AUGAGGCUCAACCCACUCAAGUGUGCCUUUGCCAUGGAGGCUGGAAAGUUCCUAGGAUUUAUAAUAACCCAAAGAGGGGUGAAGGCCAACCCUGAAAAGUGUCAAGCGGUACUCCAAAUGAAGAGCCCGGGCCAUGUCAAAGACGUUCAGAGGCUGGCAGGAAGGCUCACCGCACUAUCCCGCUUCCUCGGGGCAUCGGCAGCGAAGGCCCUGCCUUUCUUCAACUUGAUGAGAAAGGGGAUAGUGUUUGAAUGGACCCCGGCGUGCGAAGAAGCAUUCAAUCAUUUCAAUGAGAUCCUUGCGACACCACCUGUACUCGGUAAGCCCGAGGUCGGAGAACCACUCUACCUGUACCUAGCCAUAACGGAAGAAGCGCUGGCAGUGGUUUUGGUGCGGAAAGAAGGGAAAGUUCAACAUCCAAUUUACUUUGUGAGUAAAGCGCUGCAAGGAGCAGAACUGAGAUACAGCAAGUUAGAGAAACUGAGCGAUGCAAGGAGCAGAACUGAGAUACAACAAAUUAGAGAAGCUAGUACUGGCACUCCUAACCUCUUCCCGCAGACUACGGCAAUACUUCCAAGGUCACCAAGUGGUCGUGAGAACGGACCAGGAAAUCCGCCAGGUGCUCCAAAAACCCGACUUAGCGGAAAGGAGAUGACUUGGGCCAUCGAACUAUCUCAGUAUGAUUUGCGAUAUGAGCCCCGACAUGCAAUUAAGGCGCAAGCGAUGGCAGACUUCUUGGUAGAAGUAACGGGGGACCCAACCAAAGAAACAGGCAUACGGUGGAGGCUCCAUGUGGACGGGGCCUCCAACCAAACGUCUGGAGGUGCUGGGAUCAUCUUGGAAAGCCCUGCAGGGGUCAUAUACGAACAAUCCAUCAAGUUUGAGUUCUCCAUAUCGAACAACCAAGUGGAGUACGAGGCCCUCUUGGGCGGCUUAAUCCUAGCUCGGGAAGUCGGGGCUACGAGGCUGGAAGUGUGCAGUGACUCACAAGUCGUUACCUCGCAAGUGAAUGGAAGCUACCAAGCCCGAGACUCGCUGUUGCAGAAGUACCUGGAGAAGGUCAAAGAGUUGAGCAAACAAUUCGAGGAGGUCACGAUCCAGCACGUUCCGAGGGAAAGGAACACACGGGCAUACCUCCUAUCCAAGCUAGCAAGCACGAAACCGGAAGUCGGCAACCGGUCUCUCAUUCAGGGCAUGAUAAAAGAACCAGCAGUUGCCCUUCACCUGACAAAGAUAGCCUCUCCUAGAUGGACCCCAUCACUGACUUCCUAG